AUGACCUCCCCGGUGGGGAGCCUCUCCUCCCUGAGUUGCAGGUGCAAGGCUGGAUUCUUCGCCCCCAACAAUGAGUAUUGCACCGCCUGCUCCGUAGGCAAGUACAAGGAUUACGAAGGGUCGGGAUACUGCUCCUCGUGCCUCGACGGUGAGACGACGCUGGACAUUGGCAACGCCUCGGACUCCAACUGCCUGUGCAUGACCGGUUACUUCCCUGCGAACAAUGUGUGCCAGCCCUGCCCCGCCGAGUACUACCAGGAAACACUGGCCAGCAUUGGGCUUGAGUCCUGUAAGCCUUGCCCUCUCUACUCAAACAGCUCCAGCGGCUCGCAGUCCCGGGACUCUUGCUCCUGUCUCAAGGGCUACGAGGGAGGGAGUUCGGGCUCCUACUGCUCCAUCUGCCCCGAGGGCAAGUUCAAGGGCUCCGUCGGGAUGGAUGCCUGCCAGGGCUGCCCCGAAGACACUUUCAACGCCGUGACCGAAAGCAAGGAGAUCUCGGACUGCAAGUGCGAGCCGGGGAACUACAACUACAGCCUCACGUCUCAGUGCCUGCCAUGCAACCUCGGCUCCUACAAGCCCCUGCUGGCCAGUUCCGCCUGCACGCCCUGCCCGCCUCUCAGCAACACCACUGAUACCAAGAGGGCCGACCUAUCCGAGUGCCUGUGCAAUGCAGGAUACACCUGGGGUGCGGUUUCAUACUGCGAGGACGUGGACGAAUGCACCUCUAUGGCACCCCCCUGCGUGCUCUACGCCGACUGCCACAACACGGUGGGGGCUUACUACUGCACAUGCAAGCCCGGCUGGGAGUUCGAGGGGUCCCUUUGUGUUGACGUCAACGAAUGCCAAAGAUUAACGGCCUUCUGCGACUACGGGGUGUCGACCUGUGAGAACAUGUUUGGGUCCUUCAACUGCCCCUGUGUGGCGGGCUAUGAGAAGAGCGGGGAGGCCUGCGUGAAUACCAACGGUUGCCUGAAUGCGAGCUAUGUCUGCCAGAACCACACGGACUGUUUCGACACCAUCGGGAGCUUCUAUUGCCAGUGCAAGGCGGGCUAUCGGGAGAGCGCCAAGUAG